UUCGUCGUAGUGUUUAUGCAGCAAAUCGACGCGCUGAGUAAUAGUUCCCGUCCAACGGCGCUUCGAAUUUCCGGUCGAGUCGCACGUUUCUUUGCGUUUCCUUUUUCCUUCUAUACGUUCAAGAUGGUUAACGUACCGAAGCAAAGGCGUACUUUUUGCAAAAAAUGCAAAGUACACAAGAAUCACAAAGUGACGCAAUACAAGAAGAGUAAGGAGAGACAUGCCUCGCAGGGCAGAAGACGUUAUGAUCGCAAACAGCAAGGUUUUGGCGGUCAAACUAAGCCCAUCUUUAGAAAAAAGGCAAAAACGACAAAGAAAAUUGUAUUGAGGAUGGAAUGUACAGAAUGCAAGUACAGAAAACAAAUUCCACUGAAAAGAUGUAAGCACUUUGAACUGGGUGGUGACAAGAAGAGAAAGGGUCAAAUGAUUCAGUUCUAAAUUAUCCACUCAAGGUUUUCAGGAUCUUCUGUAUUUAAUAAGAAAUAAAUAAAUCUAUAGGGAUUUUUACACAUCUUUA